AUGCUUCAGGCUAGAAGCAAGGUGAAAAGCUCUGGUAGGAGGUCCUCGAAUGAAAAAGGAAGAAAGAGAGAGUUUCUGAGAAAAAACGACGACAUCGAUGAGGAAGCUUUAGCAGGCGCGAAGACUGAAAUAGACAUACUGGCACCAACCAUUGCGCGUGAUGAUAAUCGUAGCAAAUGGGCAGCCACAACAAUUGCAACAAAGUCCAUCAAAGUCUUGUCAAGAGAAUUUGCCGCUAAUAAGAAGUACAGACCAAGUGGCUUUACGACUGUAGCCUAUGAUAAAAAUGAACCCAAGAACAGGUAUAACGAUAUCAUCUGCAUAGAUGCUACUCGAGUAAUUUUGAAGGAUCGCCCAUCAGAUGAAGAUUACAUACAUGCAAGCUGGAUGACUAUGCCAGAUCGCUUCAGGUAUAUCUGUACGCAGGGACCUUUGUUGGAGACCUUGGAAGACUUUUGGCAUAUGAUUUUUUGGGAGAAGAGUACAGUUUUAGUGCAAUUGUGCAAUAAUAUCGAAGGAAAGCAUGAAAAAUGUAGGCAAUACUUUCCCAAAUCCAAAGGAUCGACGGAGAGCUACGGUCCAUACAGGGUUACGAAUAAGGGUACAAAAGCCGAUCCAUAUGAGGACGUCAAACAAACAGUACUUGAGGUGAAAUGCAGCGGUAGAUCGUUUACGGUAAACCACUUUGCGUACUUGGUAUGGCCUGACCAUACUGCCCCAUCGGACCCCGCCCCAAUGGUGGGUUGCUCUAAGCUGUGCCGUCAGUUGGCGGAGAAAAAUCCCAUAACUGUGCAUUGUUCUGCUGGUAUAGGAAGAUCAGCCACUUUUGUUGCCAUUGACUACGCUUGGCAGAAAAUCAGAGACAAUGCUUCUGUGCAGAUGGUAGAGAUUCUGAAAGAUUUGAGGGGCCAACGUUUCCAGGCUAUCCAGUCUCCCAUACAAUACAUUUUCCUUCAUAUGUGCCUGCUCGAAUUAGCUGUUGAAGACAACUUGAUUGCUCGGAAAGGAAAAUAUUCGCCGUACUUGAGUUCAUACCAAACCAUGCUUAGAAAAUACAACAAGAAGGUGGCAGCGGCAGAAGCGAGAGCAGAAGCACAAGGAAAAUGAGAGAACGCAGGGAUACAUCAUUAAAGUUUAGAGAUUAUCUUCUAUCAAUAUAACAAAGUCAUUUGAAGCAAUAAAAAGUCUUG